UCGUUUUUCUAGGCCACAAAAUAUGCCUAAAAAAUGGCCGGAGACUCUCUAGGAUACAUUGCUGCACUAGACAUUGGCACCACUACCAUUCGCUGCCAGAUCAUCGAUAAUCGAGGCAGCUGCAAAGGCUCUAGUUUCGAUAAGAUAAAUCUUCAUUAUCCUGACCCUGGAUCGGUUGAAAUUGAUCCGGACGAACUAUGGGAAUCCGUUGUUUUAACUGUCUUGAAUGCUAUUAAAGGUACGUAG